GUGUUGGAACUUCAGAGCCCCCCCAGGGCAGCCCAUGUGGUGAGAGACUGUGUGAAGGCCUGUGGAAAUUCCACCUACGAGUACAUCUUCAACAACUGUAUAGAGCUCUACAUGAGACAGUUCCAGCCUGCCGAAGAGCCUGUGAGUAUAAUUCUUCUUCUUCUUCUUCAAUAAAUGUUAUACGUUUUUUUAGUUCAGACCUGCGACACUACAACCUGAAAAAUGUUGACAUGUUUUGACCAUAGUGGUCUAAAUAACUUUUAUAGGAAUGUUUACAAGCUCCUGGCUUUGCUUCUCUCUCCCACAGCCCAAGCCAGAGAAGAAGAAGAAGGAGAAGAAGAAGAAGGAGAAGAAGGAGAAGAAACAGGGAGAAGAAGAGGAGGAGGGUGAGGCUGAGGAAGAAGAGGAGGAGGAGGAGGAGAGGAAGAGGAAGAAGAGGAAGAGGAAGUGAAGAAGGAGCCAGAGGAGACUGGGCCUACUAUCCACAAUCUGGACUUCUGGCCCAAACUCAUCACCCUCAUCGUCUCCAUCAUAGAAGAAGACAAGAACGCCUACACACCCAUCAUUAACCAGUCAGUACCUACACAUACACAACACACACGUACACUACCGGUCAAAGGUUUUAGAACACCUACUCAUUCAAGGGUUUGUCUUUAUUUUUACUAUUUUCUACAUUGUAGAAUAAUAGUGAAGACAUCAAAACUAUGAAAUAACACAUAUGGAAUCAUGUAGUAACCAAAAAAAGUGUUAAACAAAUCAAAAUAUAUUUUAUAUUUGAGAUUCUUCAAAUAGCCACCCUUUGCCUUGAUGACAGCUUUGCAAACUCUUGGCAUUCUCUCAACCAGCUUCACCUGGAAUGCUUUUCCAACAGUCUUGAAGGAGUUCCCACAUAUGCUUAGGACUUGUUGACUGCUUUUCCUUCACUCUGCCGUCCGAUCUCAUCCCAAACCAACUCAAUUGGGUUGAGGUCAGGGGAUUGUGGAGGCCAGGUUAUCUGAUGCAGCACUCCAUCACUCUCCUUCUUGGUAAAAUAGCCCUUACACAGCCUGGAGGUGUGUUGGGUCAUUGUCCUGUUGAAAAACAAAUGAUAGUUCCACUAAACCCAAACCAGAUGGGAUGGCGUAUCGCUGCAGAAUGCUGUGGUAGCCAUGCUGGUUAAGUGUGCCUUGAAUUCUAAAUAAAUCACAGACAGUGUCUCCAGCAAAGCACCCCCACACCAUAACACCUCCUCCUCCAUGCUUUACGGUGGGAACUACACAUGCGGAGAUCAUCCGUUCACCCACACCGCGUCUCACAAAGACACAGCGGUUGGAACCAAAAAUCUCAAAUUUGGACUCCAGACCAAAGGACACAUUUCCACCGGUCUAAUGUCCAUUGCUUGUGUUUCUUGGCCCAAGCAAGUCUCUUGCUUAUUAUUGGUGUACUUUAGUAGUGGUUUCUUUGCAGCAAUUCGACCAUGAAGGCCUCCUCUGAACAGUUGAUGUUGAGAUGUGUCUGUGACUUGAACUCUGUGAAGCAUUUAUUUGGGCUGCAAUUUCUGAGGCUGGUAACUCUGAUUAACUUAUCCUCUGCAGCAGAGGUAACUCUGGGUCUUCCAUUCCUGUGGCGGUCCUCAUGAGAGCCAGUUUCAUCAUAGCGCUUGAUGGUUUUUGCGACUGCACUUGAAGAAACAUUAAAAGUUCUUCAAAUGUUCCAUAUUGACUGACCUUCAUGUCUUAAAGUAAUGAUGGACUGUCGUUUCUCUUUGCUUAUUUGAGCUGUUCUUGCCAUAAUAUGGACUUGGUCUUUUACCAAAUAGGGCUAUAUUCGGUAAACCCCCCCUACCUUGUCACAACACAACUGAUUGGCUCAAACGCAUUAAGAAGGAAAUACAUUCCACAAAUUAACUUUUUAAGAAGGCACACCUGUAAAUUGAAAUGCAUUCCAGGUGACUACCUCAUGAAGCUGGUUGUGAGAUUGCCUGGAGUGUGCAAAGCUGUCAUUAAGGCAAAGGGUGGCUAUUUGAAAAAUAUAAAAUAUAUUUUGAUUUGUUUAACACUUAAUUGAUUACUACAUGAUUCCAUAUGUGUUAUUUCAUAUUUUUGAUGUCUUCACUAUUAUGAGUAGGUGUUCUAAAACUUUUGACCGGUAGUGUAUAUAACACAGGCGGCUGGUAGCACCUUAAUUGGGGAGGAGGGGCUCAUAGUAAUGGCUGGAACCGAAUAAAUGGAAUGGUAUCCAACACAUCAAACGUGGUUUAUUAAGCAUCUCUAACUGGUCUGUGACCCUAACUCUUGACCUCUGACCCCUGUGUUCCCAGGUUUCCUCAGGAGCUCAACGUGGGGAAGGUCAGUGCUGAGGUCAUGUGGACGCUGUUCGCUCAGGACAUGAAGUACGCCCUUGAAGGUAAAACCAUGUGUGUGUGUGUGUGUGUGUGUGUGUGUGUGUGUGUGUGUGUAUUUUCAUCUCUGUCUCAUUACUCAUAUCCACUCCAUUUCUUCCUCUCCUCCUCAUCGUCUUCUGUCAUCCCUCUCUCAGUUUUUGAUAACAUCGACCACUGCCACUGGAACAAUGGUGAGGUUAUAGGUCAACUGUAGUAGCUUACCUAUAGCACUUUUACGCGCUAGUACCCCUAUGUAGCAUGGUAAUACUGUUGUUGAACAUAUAAAUACAGCCAUGUCCCAUGCUAACAUUAGCAUGUCCUUAGUUAGCUAGCAUGGUAGUACUGUUGUUGCACCUAUAAAUAGAGCCAUGUCCCAUGCUAACAUUAGCAUGUCCUUAGUUAGCUAGCAUGGCAGUACUGUUGUUUCUCAUAUAAAUACAGCCGUGUCCCAUGCUAACAUUAGCAUGUCCUUAGUUAGCUAGCAUGGUAGUACUGUUGUUUCUCAUAUAAAUAGAGCCGUGUCCCAUGCUAACAUUAGCUUGUCCUCAGUUAAUUCCUGUAACCCUAGACUGUAGUAUUGGUUCCAUUCAUUCCUAUUUACCAAAAAGCCAUAUAGCGGGGUCAUUUUGAAUCAAUGUUGUAGAAUAAUUCCUGGCCUUAGCUUCUGAAGGAUGUUUAGUUCUUAUUUUUUGAGUCGUAUUUUACUUGACUUAGUUAAUGGUCCUCUGUAGCUCAGUUGGCAUAUAUUAUUAUUAUUAUUAUUAUUAUUAUUAUUAUUUAUUAUUAUUAUUAUUAUAUUAAUGCGGACCAAUCAUUACGAUGACUUAGCCUCUGUACGAAGCGGAAAUAGAAAGAGAGAGAAGGCGGCAGGUAGCCUAGUGGUUAAUAGUGUUGGGCCAGUAACUGAAAGGUCACUGGUUUGAAUCCACGAGUCGACUAGGUGAAAAAUCUGUCUAUGCCCUUGAGCAAGGCACUUAAACCUAAUUGCUCCUGUAAGUCUGUUAAAUGACUAAAAUGUUAUGGGCAUAUGCUGGAUGUUGACUCAUUGAUGAGUCUCAUUAUCUUCUAUCAUUGCCUUCUGUUCUGUCAUGCUAACUCUAUCUUUCCAUCAUCUCUCUCUUCCUAUCAUUAUCCUAACUCCAACUCCCCCCCCCCCUCCCUCCCUCCCUCCCUCCCUCCCUGUCUGUCCUUUCGUCACUUUUUAUCCUUAUAUAUGUUCUGCUGACAUCUUUUCGCUUUUUUUUCGCUCCCCCCCCUCCGCUCUUCUCUCUCUCUCUCUCUCUCUCCUCUCGCUCUCGCUCUCUCUCGCUCUCCCUGUCUCUCGCUCUUUUGUCCUCUCUCUUUGUCCUCUCUCUCUUUCUCUCUCUUCUGUCUCUUUUCUCUCUCUCUCUCUCUCUCUCGCUCUCUCUCUCUUUCUCUGUCUCUCUCCCCCCCCCCCCCCCCCCGUCUCUCUUUCUGUCUCUCUCAUCCUCUCUUUGUCCUCUCUCUCUUCUCUCUCUCUUUCUCUCUAUUCUUUCUCUCUCUCUUCUCUCUUUCUCUCUUCUCUCUUUCUUCUCUCUCUUCUCUCUCUCUCUCUCUCUCUCUUUCUUCUCUCUUCUCUCUCUCUUUCUCUCUUCUCUCUCUCUCUCUCUCUCUCUUUUAUCUCUCGCUCUCUCUCGCUCUCUUUCUGUCUCUCUCGCUCUCUUUCUGUCCCUCUCUUUCUCUCUCUCCUCUCUCUCUCUCUCUCUCUCUCUCUCUCUCUCUCUCUCUCUCUCUCUCUCUCUAUAUAUAUAUAUAUAUAUAUAUAUAUAUAUAUCUCCCUGUCUCCUCUCUUUGUCUCUCCUCUCUUUCUCUCUCUCUGUAUCUCUCUCUCUCUCUCUAUCUAUCUCACUUCUCUCUCUCUCUCUCUCUCUCUCUCUCUCUCUCUCUUCUCUCUCUCUCUCUCUCUCUCUCUCUCUCUCUCUGUCUCUGUCUCUGUCUCUCCUCUCCUCUCUCGUUCGUUCCUCAUUUUUUGUUUGUCUCUCAUUUGUGUUGCCAUCUCAGCGCCUGAAACAAUCCGCAUCCGCAGACUAGACUUUUACGCUGGUAAGAUGUGUGUGUACAUGCUUGUGUGUUCAUGUUUCUGUGAGGGAUUUGUGUGUGUGUGUGUUGUGCGCUUUUGCUGUGCUCUGUUUGUCUUCUUGACCACUGAGCUCCAAUGCACUGAACCGUCAAGCAUCAUGCCACAACACAGCAGACAGGCAUACUGAUGGAUCAUGUGGCCUUGAUAGCUCAGGAGGUCCAGAAUUCCAUCAGUCACACCCAGUAAAGUAAAGAUAUGUCCAAGCAACACACACCCUGGCCUUCACACAGAGAAAUGUGUGUUCUAGGGACCCUUAUUCACAUUUAAGUAUCCUCUUUCUCCAAUGCCAGUAGAGUGAUGGUGUGUGCUGUGCUGACAGUCCAGUCUUAGAGCUGGAGGAAGAUCAGUCACAUGGACCAACUCUUUGAGCUCAGUACUAGUAAACAUGGGAAAAAAAUAAGAAUCUGUUUUUACAGCACGAUGUUCGUCUACCCUUGGCAUGACAUAUUUAGCAGACGCUCUUAUCCAGAGCGACCUACAGUUAGUGAGUGCAUACAUUUUCAUAUUUGUUCGUACUGGUCUCCCGUGGGAAUCGAACCCACAACCCUGGCAUUGCAAAUGCCAUGCUCUACCAACUGAGCCACACGGGACUACCACAGAAUAUAGCUAUUCUACCAGAAUGACAGACUGGCACCACAAUAGUAUUCUCUGUACUGUCUUCUCUAGGGAGUAGUGAUGGGGGAAAACAUGUAUAGUUACAUAUUGUGAUAUUAUUUUGGACGAUAUUAUAUAGAUACAUAGACUCCAAGUAUCGAUUUGUUUUUGUUUUUGCUAGGUAGCGUUAGUUGACGCUAGUCGGCUGUACCUGCGCCAAAACUGCGUCAAAAUGUUUCUUCCUAUAGCUUGUUCUCCAUCUUCUUUUUAAACAGUGAACCAACAUGUUUUCGGCACUUUUAUUUCCGUGACUGAUCAAAACAAAUGUUCUCAUGCUCCCUCUGCUGCAGAGAUGAGUGAGCAAAAUGUCUGGACCAUCAAAUCACAAUACAAUCGCAUUAUCGAAUCGCAAUACAUAUAGAAUUGUGAGAAUCUCAAGACACAUCGUAUCACCACCUAAGUAUAGGGUGUCGAAUCAAAAACACAUAUUUUGACCAAUGGGUAAAAUACUAUGUUAAUUGUCUAGUUUUCACUAAGAAAACCAACUGUCCGAACCUAAUGUCUCUAUCAUAAUCCAUUAAAAAGUUAUUGGAGUUUUUUAUCGAUGUAGGAUGGCCAGAAAAAAGUGGUGAAAAAAGUGGAACAUAGCAUUGCGUCAGCUAGGCUGGAUGCUGUGAAUAAAGGCUGACAGCCGUUGAACUCAUCUUUCUCUUUCAAUCCGGAGGACAUAAAACAAUAUAAAAAAAUAUAUAAACGUAGGAUAGAUAUCGAUUUUGAGACAUGUAGUAUUUUCAUAUUUUAGUAUACACUUUUCAUAUUAAUGCGAAAUUCCUGUUAUUUUUCAAAGAUUUCUCACAAAAACAAGCGUAUCUCUCUGAAAUAUCAACGGAGCACUGAGCGUACCGCAAGUUUUUUAUUUUCAAGGCCUUUUACAUUGAAUUCAGCUCAGUGUCUUCAUAAGAAAGGGUGUCGCGUUAAGUUGGCUUUUUUUUGUGACCCGCGGAAACAACUUUGCAGACGACCACAGCGUAAAAUCAUCAAAAGUCGCUGCGAGAAAGCGGCGCCACUCUGUCAAGAGCUCGGUGCUUAUUAUCGGAUGUAUUAGGUUACGAAAUCAGACUUUUUGGAAAUAAUGUUAAUAAGAUGUUAGAGAAAGACCCCACUGAACGAUUCAGAACAUGAAGAAUGAAAUUAGUCUAGGUACAUUUUUAUUUUAUAACGUAAGGAAGUGAAAUGUCAUUACCAAAGCGCGUUUUCACGCACUCUGGGCGGAGUGGGUGGACACCCUACUAAGAAGUGAUAAUAUCGCAUCGUGAGGUCCCUGACAAUUCCCAGCCUUCCUAGGGAGAUGGCUUCAUCAAUUAAUUCAUACAAUAACACUAACAUUGCAAUUGUUUUCACAAAUUCAACAUGACUGCAGUUAUUAUUUGAGUUUUGUGUAGAACCGUGGAGAAUGUGGAAUAUACUGUUAAUGUAACUGUUGCGGUUUAUUCCCCAGGUGUAACCAUGGCAGUUAAGACAGACAGAGGCUAACUAACUGUGUGUGUGUGUGUGGUUUCCAUCCUCAGAGCAUGAGAAGCAUCGUCUGUGUAAGAGUGCUGAUUACAUGAAUCUUCACUUCAAGGUCAAGUGGCUAUACAACGAGUAUGUGACCGACCUGCCUGCUUUCCAAGACACUGUACCAGAGUACUCUGCGUGAGUAGGGACCCACACACACACACAGACACACACACACACACACACUGUAUCCUCUUGCUCAUGAAUUCAUCAAAUCCCUCUUUCUCUCUCUCUCUGACAGCCACUUGUUCUUUAACACUUAGUUUCAACCUGCUUCUCUCUCACAUGUAUUUUCCAAUUCUCUCUUCCUUUAACUGAACUCAACUCUCCCUUUCUCUUUCCUUCUUUCUCUCCCUCCCUCGUUUAUUUCCCGCUGUCCCUCCCUCCCUUCUCCUCCUCCUUCUCUCUCUCCCUCUUCUUUCCUCCCUCUCUCUCUCUCCAGGUGGUUUUUGCAGUUUGUCCUUCAGUGGCUGGGUGAGAACGAGGAUGUGUCCAUGGAGUUUAUGCAUGGAGCUCUAGAGAGGGACAAGAGGGAAGGGGUGAGGGACCUCCACGUCUCACCAGCUCACCUGCACACUUUCUCGCAUGGCUUUAACAAUGGCGGAAACUCCCUCCAGCCAAUACUUACACCAAUCCUAUACUUUAAAAUACAUUUGGGGAGUGUGCAAGUACACACUUCUAGAAAAUGGUGGAGAAUCGGGGUGCAGACUAAUUCUAUUUAUCUGACCUUUGUACCAUGACCUCUGACCCCUGACUUCUCUCUCUCUCUCUCUCCGCCUCUCGCUCUCUCUCUCUCUCUCUCGCUCUCUGUCUCGCUCUCUCUCUGUUGCUCUGCUCUCUCUCUCUCCUCUCCUGUUCGGCUCCUCCUUCGCUCUCUCUCUGUCCUCUCUCUCUCUGUUUGCUCUUGCUCUCCCUCUCUCUGUGCUCUCUCUCUCUCUGUUGCUCUCUGUACUAGCUCUCUCUCUCUCUCUCUCUCUCUCUCUCUCUCUCUCUCUCUCUCUCUCUCUCUCUCUCUCUCUUCUCUCUGUCUCUCUCUCUCUCGUCUCUCUCGCUCUCUCUCUGUCUCUCUCUCUCUCUCUCUCUCUCUCUCUCUCUCUCUCUCUCUCUCUCUCUCCCUCUCUCUCUCUGUCUCUCCCUCUCUCCCUCUCCCUACUAUAGUUCCAGCAGACGUCGGAGCAUGCUCUGUUCUCCAGUUCAGUAGUGGACAUCUUCACCCAGCUCAACCAGAGCUUUGAGAUCAUCAAGAAACUAGACUGUCCUGACCCCAAGGUGCAGGCCCACUACAACAGGCGCUUCGCCAAGGUAACACAUACGCACACACACAAACUCUCUCACCGAGAUGAGUAGGUACAUUUCAAUGUAAUUCAACCAAAUUAGCAAACAACAUUAAUGAAUACACAGUCAACUUCUUUAAGAACAAACAAAACUUGAAUCCAGAGAAGAAGAGGAAGAGAGAUAAUGUUAUAGACACCUCACAGCUCUUUGCUGUCUUGAAAAGCAUUAUUUCAGAAGCCAUGGUCAGAUGGUUAUGGUUGACUUUAAAGCAGUGAACUUGUGAUAGAGUUGGUUUGUUGUAAUGGUCUGCAGGGUGGAAAGCCAGUGGUUGAUGUGUUGUAUUAGUCUACAGGGUGGAAAGCCAGUGGUUGAUGUGUUGUAAUAGUCUACAGGGUGGAAAGCCAGUGGUUGAUGUGUUGUAAUAGUCUGCAGGGUGGAAAGCCAGUGGUUGAUGUGUUGUAAUAGUCUACAGGGUGGAAAGCCAGUGGUUGAUGUAUUGUAAUAGUCUACAGGGUGGAAAGCCAGUGGUUGAUGUGUUGUAAUAGUCUACAGGGUGGAAAGCCAGUGGUUGAUGUUUGUAAAAGUCUACAGGGUGGAAAGCCAUGUGGUUGGUGUGUUGUAAUAGUCCUACAGGGUGGGAAAGCCAGUGGUUGGUGGUUUUUGUAUAGUCUACAGGGUGGAAAGCCAGUGGUUUGGUGUGUUGUAAAGUCUACGGUGGAAAGCCAGUGGUUGAUUUUUGUUUGUAAUAGUCUACAGGGUGGAAACCAGUGGUUGGUGUUUGUAAUAGUCUACAGGGUGGAAAGCCGUGGUUGAUGUGUUGUAUUAGUCUACAGGGUGGAAAGCCAGUGGUUGGUUGUGUUGUAUAGUCUGCAGGGUGGAAAGCCAGUGGUUGGUGUGUUGUAAUAGUCUGCAGGGUGAAAGCCAGUGGUUGGUGUGUUUUUAAUAGUCUACAGGGUGGAAAGCCAGUGGUUGGUGUGUUGUAUUAGUCUACAGGGUGGAAAGCCAGUGGUUGGUGUGUUUGUAAUGUCUACGGGUGGAAGCAGUGGUUGAUGUGUUGUAUUAGUCUGCAGGUGGAAAGCCAGUGGUUGUGUGUUGUAAUAGUCUACAGGGUGGAAAGCCAGUGGUUGGUGUGUUGUAAUAGUCUACAGGGUGGAAGCCGUGGUUGAUGUGUUUGUAAUAGUCUGCAGGGUGGAAAGCCAGUGGUUGGUGUGUGUAUUAGUCUACAGGGUGGCAAGCCAGUGGUUGGUGUGUUGUAUUAGUCUACAGGGUGGAUGAAAGCCAGUGGUUGAGUGUGUUGUAAUAGUCUACAGGGUGGAAAGCCAGUGGUGGUGUGGUUGUAUUAGUCUACAGGUGGAAAGCCAUGGUGGUUGGUGUGUUGUAUUAGUCUACAGGGUGGAAAGCCAGUGGUUGAUGUGUUGUAAUAGUCUACAGGGUGGAAAGCCAGUGGUUGGUGUGUUGUAAUAGUCUACAGGGUGGAAAGCCAGUGGUUGGUGUGUUGUAUUAGUCUACAGGGUGGAAAGCCAGUGGUUGGUGUGUUGUAAUAGUCUACAGGGUGGAAAGCCAGUGGUUGAUGUCAACAUUGUGUGAUAGGAGGUUUAUGCAAACUCAUUAAGUAAGAAUGGCUGAUGCAAAGCUGUCACUCUCCUCCUACUCGCGUUCUUUCUCUCUCUGUCAGCUAUGAGUUAUUUAAUUAUUGAAUAAUACUUUUUUCAGCACUAAAACACACUAUCUGAUAGAGCAUGGUGAUGUUAUAACCUGAGAAGCUUUCUAACUGUGUUCUCUGUCUGUCUCCAGACCAUCACCAAGAUGUUUUCUAACUGUGUUCUCUCUCUGUCUCCAGACGAUCACCAAGGUGUUUUCUAACUGUGUUCUCUGUCUGUCUCCAGACCAUCACCAAGGUGCUGAUGCAGUACUGUGCUAUCCUGUCCAAGGAGUUCCCCACCUACUGCCAGAAGGAGAAGAUAGUGAGUACGAAUGCCUCUCAACUGGGCUCCUUUAGGAACUGAUAUACUGUAUCUACUUCAAAACUCAUUUCUGAAGGACACCAUGUCCUCUCUCUACAGCUUGUGUACUGCAUCUUCUUUAGAGCUUAUAAAACAUCUUAGUUACUUAGUUACUCCAGCAUGUUAUUUAUCUUACUCUCUCUCUCUCUCUCUCUCUCUCUCUCUCUCUCCCUGUCUCUCUCGCUCUCCCUGUCUCUCUCUCGCUCUCCCUGUCUCUCUCUCUCUCUCUCUUCUCUUACUAAUUCUCUACUCUCAUGGUCUCACUGUCUCUCUUCGCUACCAUGUCAUCUCUUAUCCUUUGCUCUCCCUGUUACUAUCUCUCGUUCUCCCUGUAUUUUUCCCUCUCUCUUAUCCCUAUCUCUCAUCUCCCCCGUUUGCUUUCUCCCUCCUCGCUUUCUCCCUCUCUCUCUUUCUCCUCUCUCUCUUCUUCCCUUCUCUUUCUCCCUCUAUCUCUCCCUUCUUCUAUCUCUCCCUGUCUCUCUCUGAAUAUCACUUCACCUCAACACACAUCUUCUCUUUUGCUCUCUCGUCCUCUUUUCUCUCCCCUCUCUCUCUUCCUCUCUCUCUCUCUCUCUCGGCACGUCGCGAGAAGAAGGCCUAAACUCAGUCUGCUCUCUGCUGAACUCUGAGCCUCUCGGCUCGGCCGAGUCCGCCUGAGGUGAGAUUCUCUCUCCCAUAUAUAUAUAUAUAUAUAAUAUAUAUAUAUAUAUAAUAUAUAAUAUAUAUAUAUAUUAUCCCUCUGUCCUGUCUCUCUCUCUCUCUCUCCUCUUCUCUCGCUCUCUCUCUCUCGCUCUCAGCCCUGUGUGUUGAUGAAUAACAUACAACAGAUGCGGGUCUUGUUGGAGAAGAUGUUUGAGUGCAUGGGGGCUAAACAGGUGAGAAUCAAUGCUGUCAGACACGCACUUUACAUUAUAUUUAGGUGCUGGGGGAAUCAUACUCGACUACGAGGUAUCCCGAAAGAA